UAUUCGUACUAGCAAGCUAUAGCGUCAAGGCUUCUUCUGCUCUGUAGCUUGACCUAUGAAGACUUGGUGAAAUAAUUCAGAUCAAAUUGGAUCAGAGUUUUUUAAACAAACUCAAACUAUUGUUUUUAUGCUAAUAGUAGUUGAGUGCUGUGGAGUCAUUGUUUUUUCUUCUAACUUGUCAGGGACCUGCCAGGAGUGGCUUCAACAGAAGAGACUGGUAUCCCAUUGCUUCUGAUAGAUACAGCUGGCUGUGGCUUAUUUGAACUUGAUGUAGAAGACGAACAAUCCAAGGGGAACCAAGGUGAGGUGCGUCUUGUUGGUUUACACAUACAGGCUUUGGUAGAAGCUGGUGUUAAGGCAAGAGACAUUGCUGUCAUCACUCCUUACAAUCUCCAGGUGGACAUGCUAAGGGAGCUUCUCUGUCAUAAGUAUCCAGAGCUGGAAAUUAAAUCAGUGGAUGGUUUCCAAGGAAGAGAGAAGGAAGCUGUUGUCCUUUCUUUUGUAAGAUCCAAUAGGAAAGGUGAAGUGGGAUUUCUUGCUGAAGACCGGAGAAUAAAUGUUGCAUUUACCCGUGCUCGACGCCAUGUAGCUGUGAUUUGUGACUCUCGGACCACAGGAAACCAUUGUUUUCUUAAACGGCUGGUGAACUAUAUGAGCGAACAUGGAGAAGUACGCACAGCCUUUGAAUAUCUGGAUGACAUUGUGCCAGAAAAUUAUGCACCCCAAAACUCUCAGAGUUUCAGUAGCGAAGGAAAGAAAUAUAAAUGCAACAGAGCAGUGGCCCCAAAAGGUGAUCGUGAGAAACGACAAAGAAAAUCAGCCAAACAGCCUGAAGAGAGACUAACAGAGGGCUCAGUGCCAAACACAGCCAGGAUCACAACUGGAGGUUCUGAAGGGAAGGAGCACUUGUCUAAACAUAAAGCAAGGAUAUUGGAGUUUCUGGACAGUAGUGAGACCCAACUGGAUUUUCCUCCAUCAUUAAAUGCUCAUGACAGGCUGCUUAUCCACCAGUUGGCAGAGGAAUAUGGGCUGCAGCAUAUAAGUCUGGGUGAAGGAAAAGAGAGAUACAUAAGCAUUCGUAGGAAAACUGCUGCCACAAAUGUAUCUAUCGGAGAUGUGAAGGCCUGUGAACAAGAAUUGUCCCCUAAAGAUCCAAGCCCUCUAAGGGAGAUUUCUGGCCACACUGAGGAGAGAGUAAGCAGCGCUAGCCCAGGUAAAGUAGAUCUGAAAACAUUGCACAUGGAAAGGAUGCAAAGGGAGAAGGCCAGGAGAGAGGAAAGAGAAAAACAAAACCCACAACGGAAUGUAAACCUGCAGGAAAUCACUGGGAAGAAACAUAAAAAUGACAUCAAAGGGAAGCCUUCUAUUAAAACCAGAACAGAAAGUGUACCUGAGGAAGACUUCGAUGCUAUGAUUUCUGCUGCAAUUAAAGCUGACAAUACAUGUGGUUUCUUCAAGUGCAAAGCAAGCAUAACAACUCUGGGACAGCUCUGUCUGCAUUGCAAUAAACGCUACUGUCUCAGCCACCUCAUCCCAGAGAUUCAUGGGUGUGGGGAGAAGGCCAAAGCGCAUGCCCGACAGAGAAUCAGCAGGGAAGGUAUUCUCUAUCCUGGGAGUGGAUCGAAAGACAAGUCUUUGGAUCCUACCAAGAGAGCUCACCUCCAGAGGCGCUUGGACAAAAAACUAAGUGAACUGACUAGUCAGAGGAAGAGCAAAAAGAAGGAGAAAUGAGAGGGACUGUAUUGGGCUUAUCUGGUCCUUCAGACACUUUCUUAAAGCAACAUUUUCAGACUCCAAAGAAGAAAGCUCAAGAGCCUUUUAAUCCUUUUGCUGAUUUUUUUAAACCCGAAAAACCAGGCCUCGGCCUUUCCUAGUUUUCAGAGGGCCAAAACCAAAAGUAAAUCACACACAUACAAAAAGGAUCUGUUUGCAGUGUUUGAAUAGUGCUCCUGUGGCACCUUGUUGCACCUUGUUUUGUAAAAUGUGUUGAUACCAGUCAUGUUAAAUAUAUAAAGCACUGUCUAUAAAAGAAGAGGGUGGACAGCCUUUGCUUGGAGCAAUUAUAUUUAUUGGCAAGGCAAUUAAUUUAUAGUGAGUGGGUGUAUAGCAGAUAUAAUGCCUUGAGCAAUGGAACUGUCCAGUUGAUGUUGUAUGGAAAUGCAAUAAUCAUUGUCUGUGGGACAAUAGGCUCUCCUUACAGAAGACUGGGAGUAAUGUAACAGCCCUAGUCCAUAAAUUAAGACAGACAAGCAUAAUUUCCCUUCUGCAGCUUGGAAACAGGUAUCUUGAAGAGAAAAGAUUUGGAGUAUGAUAUAAAUGAUUAUGAGAGGUCACAAAACUUUAGAUUUCUCUGCUUUCAGCCACACUUUAUAAAAUAAAAAGAUGUAUUUGUGCUAAAAACACAAUCUUAGAACUUAAACCUAUAUUGUGGUGAUGAUGAUAAUAUUGGUACAGUUAAAAAGAGAUUGUUAGAGGGCAACAUACCCUCCAUGUUUUCUAUAAAGUUAGUGCUCCCAAGCUGUACCCUUUGGACUGUGUCUGAAGCUAGUAGGCCUCAAGGCAAUAAUGGUUUUCAGUAAUAAAGAAGGAAAUAUCCUUGUUUGGCAUAAUUAUGCAGAGUGAUUUUUAUUUGUAUGUGAAAGUAAAUUAGGAAGCUGUUUGUGAGUGAUUGUGUUGAAAGCAUUUAUCAAUUGGCAGUAGAUGGCAGGGAAAGUUGUGAAGGCAGCACAUUACUUUGAAAAUGAGCAGUUGAUCAGCUUUGACUAAACCUUAAAAUGCAAAGCACAUGUACAGAGAGAAAUCCCAUAUGGACCUCACAGUUGGUUCUUAGCUUUGAUUCUCCUUUUAACCUCUCUUGUUUUUUUCAAUCCAGUGGUGUCUCUCCCCAUUUUGCCUAGUAGAAAAAUAACAUAGCUAUUUCCUUUGAUAACAGAAGGCCUCACUUUUUUCCUUCAUAAAAUUAUGUCACAUUUUGGUUUUUACACAUAUAAAGUACCUCUCAAGUAAAAAGAUGGUUGCAACCAAAAUUUAAGACUCUUUAAUCCAAUAAACUUUGCUCUUUCUAAAA